AUGGAGGCAAAGAAAAGCACUAGUGGACCUUGUAUUUUACAAUUACAAAAAAAAGUAAAUAAAAGUAUUUAUGGUGCUAAAUGUAAAGCUUGUAUUAAAAACCUGGAACCUAUAAUUUCUGUCAAAAUGAAGAAAAAGAAGAGAAAAAUAAUUAACAUUGAUGAUGAUGAAGUGAAUGAAUUACAAUCUGUAUCUGUUGCAAGUUCUUCUAAAUCUAUUUAUAACACAAUACAAUUUUGCAUACCAAGGAAGUUAUCAGAAGGUUCACAGAAGCAAUGGAAGAGAUUGGUAUUAGGAGCAACUAUUUCUUGUGGAUGGUCAUUUAAUUGUGAAGCAAUGGCAAUGUUAAAUUUUGCCAAUAAAGGAUUAAAUUUACCAAAAAGAAAAAUCUUUAAGUGA